AUUGAACUUCUCAAUCUAUCAAGAUGAAGGUCUCCGCCAUUCUCUCUACCAUGAUGGUUGCCGGACUUGUGUCCGCUGCCCCUCCGGGUGUUCGCCCUACCGACAUCCAGUCUCCUGCUCCUGGCGCUCCGACUGACCUCCCUGUGCCGCACGACAAGCGUGGCGACAUCCCUCCCCCUCCUAAGGACACUCAGGUGCCUCCUCCUCAGCCCACCGACGACAAGAACAAGCGUGGCGAUGUCCCCCCUCCUCCUAAGGACACCCAGGUCCCUCCUCCCAAGGACGGUGAUAAGAACAAGCGUGGCGAUGCUCCUCCCGCCCCCAAGGACACUCAGGACGACAAGCAGAAGCGUGGCGACGCCCCUCCCGCUCCCAAGGACACUCAGAUCCCUCCCCCUCCCAAGGACGACGACAAGGAGAAGCGUGGCGACGUCCCCCCUCCUAAGGACACCCAGGCUCCCCCCCAGCCUAAGCCCACUAACAACUAA